CCCAUGGCCUUCCCAUCCAUAACCAAACAAUCCUUUCAGCACUCUGCUAUUCAACAGUUACUACUUCAGGAUGCUGCCGUCACGAUGGGCCCCUCUGCGCGGUCUUCUUCCAUACACAUCCUUGACCUUGAAACCGCGAACUCUGAGUCUUAUGCUACGCCCGCUUCUCCUUCAACGGAAACAGACGACGAACCCGACACGGAGACGUUUGACAAUGCCUCCUUGGAUGGCGGCCAGACAGAGCUGGAAGAUGCUCUAGCAGUAGCAAGUUCGGAGACUUCGAGAGGGCCAAGAAAGCGGAAUUUUCGCAAGUUUCAGGAUCCUGCCUACGAGAUCGUCCUACUCAGAGCUAUCGAUGCAACAAAACCUUUUGGGGCUCAGCAUGGGAAAACGAAGGAAGCGUGGCAGGGAGUCAUUAAGUACCUGCAGGACUACGACAUGGAGCGAUUCCAAAAGCAAGGCGAGGAGCCUAUGUUCGAAGGAGUUACUCUUCGACUCUGCCAAUCCAAAUGGGAAGCGUUAUCAAAUGAGCAGCGGAAGUUCCAAGUUGAGAUGGACAAAGCGACUGGCGUUUCCCCUGAAAUGACUGAGCGACGUAUUCUGAUGCAGGAUAUAUAUCAUUACGAACAAGCUUGCGCCAAUGCUGCAAAGGAGGCCAAAGAACAGAGGACGAGAAAACGGCAGAGGGCCAAUGAUGAUCGACAUGCAGGCCGUCUGUUGCUUGAGGCGUCUAUCACAGGACCCGUUCGACGUCAGGACGACGUAGACUCAGAGUCAUCUUCAUCUGCAACCACUCCUGGUGCAAGGACUCCUCCGAGAAAGAAACGGGUACACAUCGACGCUUUGUACAGCCAGCUGGAGGCGGCGAAGGAGCAAGCUCAAGCGGGCAAACUGCUACAGGAGCGACAGCUGGAAUUACUGACAAAGGGUCAAGAGGAGCAACGACAGCAACUGGAGUCCCAUAAUCAAGUGAUGCGCCAAUAUGUGGAGGAGCAGAAGAACACUCAGGAUCGCAUUCUAGAUAUUCUUCGGAUACUGUCAGAAAGGCAUUGAUUUAUAAAAAA